UCCUUCAAAGGAGGAAGGCGAUUUCUUUGAACUUUUCAGAAUGCUGAUGAGAUACGGCUGUAUUGCUGUUUUAUGUCUCUACUGCUUAGGAUACAGCUCUGGCGCCUUCCACAAGGUCCCCCCAGGGAUGUGUUACAUCUCGGAGAUCGCGGUGGACGCCAAGUUCCAGGGUAGAGGGGUCGGACAAGCGCUGUUGGACCUGGCCGACACGGAGGCCCGGAGCAAAAACUGUCAC